CAGAGCUAUUUAAUCUUUUCUCCUCCUCUUACUUCCUUGCAUUCGCUUCUGGUCCGCCCGUUCCGCCUCCCACCUCCAGGUUUGUGGUGAUAAUCCGGCAGCAUGUCCUCUUUCGAGUCUGUUGUCGUCAUCGAUGGCAAAGGCCACCUCCUCGGUCGGCUGGCCAGCAUCGUCGCGAAGCAGCUGCUCAACGGCCAGAAGAUCGUGGUCGUCCGCUCCGAGGCCCUCAACAUCUCCGGCGAGUUCUUCCGCUCGAAACUCAAGUACCACGCCUAUCUUCGCAAGAUGACUCGAUACAACCCGACCCGAGGUGGCCCCUUCCACUUCCGCGCCCCCUCGCGAAUCUUCUACAAGGCCAUCCGUGGCAUGAUCCCACACAAGACCUCUCGAGGCGCUGCUGCGCUUAAGCGACUCAAGGUCUUCGAGGGUGUCCCCCCUCCGUACGACAAGCAGAAGAAGAUGGUGGUGCCCCAGGCCCUCCGUGUGCUCCGCCUACAGCCCGGCCGAAAGUACUGCACUGUCGGACGUCUCAGCCACGAGGUUGGCUGGAAGUACCAGGACGUUGUCGAACGGUUGGAGGAACGACGAAAGGCGAAGAGCGCCGCCUACUACGAGCGCAAGAAGCUCGCGCGACGACAACUCUCGGAAGCUAAGAAGAACGCCACGGUCGACAGCAAGACGACCGAGACUCUCAAGUCGUUGGGCUACUAAUCUCGGUUCCUUCUUGAGCAUCUGCAUUUUUCCGACCAUCAACAAAACAAAUACCAACACAAUUCUGUCCUCUCCUCAUAACUUGC